AUGGCCACCAGUAUCCCGAAAAUUAAGCUUGAGUCCAAUCCAACCGAGUUCACUCCUAUACCUGUAGUGAAGACCGUAGUCCAUAUUAGAUUAUCUAUAGCGAUCAAUGAUAUGUUAGUUGUUGACCGUCAUCCCUCAGAACCCUCCUCGCCGGACAGAGGGUAUGAGGUUGUAAAUCCCAAUGUCCCCGCUUUUGAAAUUGCACUCCAUGAAGAGGAUAUGUGCUUUCAACUCUUCAAGGAGAAGGUUUUCGAUCGAAUCAUGACUGCAGCGACCGAAGUAAGCAUGUUUGGCCUCCGAGGCAUACUUGACGAUGCCGAAAACCGAUCCCUACUCGAAUGGGUCUAUUCAAUCACUGAGGAUUGUGACCGUUGUGGAACUGCUGAACAACCAGAACAGAGCUUUAGAGGGGAAUAG